UAUAAAUGGUAGAGAAGAGAUAAAGCUGAUAAAUUAAGAGGUGUAAUAUGUGCGCAUGCAAAUUAAAAGCAAGGAACAGGAGUGACAAGAACCACUAACCAGUAACCACUGAGAAAUCUGUUUAUUUAUCUCUCUGACUCUGACGGGCUGCCAAAACCAACCACAACUGCAUGCGCUCCUGUACCCUCCGGAUCAAGCCGAGAGAACGAUGCGACCACUCUGGCCCAACGGCGGCAGCACCGGCAGCAGCGUCGACGUCUCGUUGACGAGCGGCCGUCGUCGUCCAACGUCAGCUGGCAGUGGCAGUGGCAGCGGCGGCGGUGGCCGGGAGGAGGUGUACUUCGCCGACGUCGAGGAGGUGCGGGCAGCGCCGGCUGACGCCUGCAGGGAGGACCCCGCGGUGUACCUGACAUGGGAGGACGUGUGCGUGACGGCGUCCGGCGCCGGCAGCAGGGCGACGCCGGCGAGGAUCCUGGAGGGGAUCAGCGGGCACGCCCGGCCCGGGGAGGUGCUGGCCAUCAUGGGGCCAUCGGGCUGUGGCAAGACGACGCUUCUUGAUGCACUCGCAGGAAGGUUAGGGCCAGGCAUGAGUAAAACUGGAUUGAUUUUAAUCAACGGGCGGCAGGAGAAGCUUGCCUUCGGAACAUCAGCGUACGUGACCCAAGACAACGUGCUGAUGUCGACGCUCUCAGUGAGGGAGGCCAUCUACUACUCAGCUCACCUGCAACUACCGGACACAAUGCUGGUGUCGGAGAAGCGCACCCACGCUGAGCACGUGAUCCAGGAGAUGGGGCUCGAUGACAUCAUGGACACACGCAUCGGUGGCCGGAUCACUAAGGGCAUCAGCGGUGGGCAGCGAAAGCGGGUGAGCAUAUGUGUGGAGAUGCUGACACGGCCACGGCUACUCUUCCUUGACGAACCCACCAGCGGGCUUGACAGCGCCGCCUCCUACCACGUUAUGAGCCACAUCACCAGCGUUGCUGCUGGGGAGGGCAUGACCGUCGUCGCCGCUGUGCAUCAGCCCGGCGAAGUCUUCGAGCUCUUCCACAGCCUCUGCUUGCUCGCCCAUGGGAGGACGGUCUUCUUGGGGACAGUUUCUGAUGCUACCGAGUUUUUUAACCUGAAUGGUUUCCCAUGUCCAUGCCUGAGGAACCCGUCUGAACAUUUUCUAGGAACAAUCAAUAAAGAUUUUGAUGAGGAAAUUGUGGAAGAUUCCAGAUAUAGGAGAAAAACAGCAGCUAAAGCAAUAGAUACCCUGACAAAUGCAUAUCAGUCCUCUGCUUAUUCAGAAAAAACAACAAAUCAGAUAAUUCAGAUGAAAGAAAUGGGUGGAGCUCCAUUUAGGACGAGAGAACGGGCCAGCUUCUGCACAAAGCUCCUUGCACUCACCAAAAGGUCAUUCGUAAAUAUGCACAGGGAUAUGGGGUACUACUGGAUGCGUUUUGCUGUUUUCACCGUCGCUUGCACAUGUGUUGGCACUGUGUUCCACCAUAUUGAUAAUAGUUACAAUUCUAUACAGACUAGAUGCAAUGUGAUAAUGUAUAUGACGAUAUUUCUAACUUUUAUGGCCAUUGGAGGAUUCCCUUCUUUUGCAGAGGAUAUAAAGGUAUUCAGGAGAGAGAGACUAAGUGGCCACUAUGGUGUCACCGAGUUUGUCAUCUCCAACACUCUCUCGGCCACUCCUUACCUAGCCGUCAUGAUCAUAAUCCCCGGCGCAAUACUGUACUACCUCACUGGGCUAACAAGAGGGGGGAGCAACAUCGCCUACUUCGUCGUCACCCUCUACAUGUGCAUCGUGUUGGUCGAGAGCAUAAUGAUGGUGAUUGCCGCCGUCGUCCCAGACUUCCUGAUGGGCAUCGUCGUCGGCUCCGGCGUGCAGGCUUUGAUGAUGACAAACGGCGGCUUCUUCCGCCUCCCGAACCAGCUCCCGAAGCCGGUGUGGAAGUACCCUUGCUACUACAUCUCCUUCCAUAAGUACGCGGUGCAGGGGUUUUACAAGAACGAGUUUGUCGGGCAGACAUUCGCGAGCGAUCAGCUCAUCAUGGCAAAUGCCACCAUUACUGGCCAUCAGGUUCUCGAGGCGUUGCAGGUGGAGAUGUGGUACUCCAAGUGGGUAAACCUCGCCAUCCUGUUUGGAAUGGCGGUGAUAUACAGGAUGAUGUUUUUCGCAAUUGUCAAGGUUGCGGAGGGAAUCAGGCCAAAGAUGAGAAGGAUGAAAUGCUCUCUAAUUUAACAGUUGCCUUGAUCUCUCCCGUUUCUUGUUCUUGUUUCCGAGAGAUUUGCCAUGUCUAUCGUCAAGUUCAAAAUGCACUUGAUCUGUAACCCGUAACACUAGAUAAAACCUGAAGUCAAAUAAUAUAACAAUGGGCUCACAUAUGAGAAACUGAUCGAUGUUCAUGUACAUGUACUACUCUUGAUAUAACUACGGACUCGUAUGGUGGGGCUUUA